AUGAUGGCCCACACCCCCAACGCUACCCCGUUACGGGACUCGUACAACCCCCACUUGGGCCCCCAGCUGAAGAAGUUGCCCAUGAUCGUCGACAUCGCCAUCGACCCCAAUGGCAAGCAGAUGUACCAGGUCCACGAGCUGCUGAAGCUUGUCCGCAAGGAGAUGCCCCGCCUGACCCACUUUGUCCCCCAAGCGAUGGAGUUUGGCGGCGACUUGGGCGCUCCCUUUGGUGCUGACGACGAAAAGACCCCGGUGAGACCGGCGUUUUGCACGAUGUCGCCGUCGCUGGUGCCGCAAAAGCGUACUUUCGAAGACGAUGUCUACGCCAACCCACAAGCGCCGAUGUUCACUUACCAGUUUGACGCCCCCGGUAGCUACUCGCAGUUGGCGCCGGCGGCCCCCAUGGUCAGUGACUACGCUACCAGUGUCCCUCCCGACUACCUGGUGGCGACGGUGCCUCGCUCGCAAGACAACGACAUCUGGUCGCCCGACGUCGAGGCGGCGUUCGAGGAAGUGUUGCACCUCAUCCCCAAGAACGGGCUCAACAAGAUCAAGAUCUCCGGCCGUCUGUGCGGGCGCAACGAGCUCAUCCUGGACUACAUCUUGCUGAAGACGGGCAAGUUCCGCACCCGCAAGCAGGUGCUGUCCCACAUCCAGGUGAUCAAGAACUUGGGCCAGAAGAAGGACAUCAUCAAGUUGAUCAACGAAGGGCCCCUGUUCGACACCGAGGAAGAACUGCAAGAGAACUUUAAGCGGUUCGAGGAGAUCUUCCUGAAGAUCAACUUGCUGAAGCUGUUGGGCUUUGCCGACGACAACGCCGCCGGCGCCAAGCGCAAGGCGGCCCCGGCCACCUUGUCGCAACUGCUGGCCAAGCGCCAACGCAAGGCAUCGGCGGGGCUGCGCUUUAACAAGGUGAGCAUGCACAACUUCAGCAUGCUGAUUGGCGAUGCCUAUGGCCUCAACUCGGUGUGCCUCACGGCACUGGAACCAGUGCACCCUCUCCAAGAGGUGCCGUCGCUUAAGCUUGGCGACAACGUCAACGUCCAGGCGCGGUUCCCGGGGCUCGCCGACUUCCAAGGCUCCAACAUCCACGUGUUGCACAACAUGGUCAAAGUGAUGUUCCCGUCGCAGUUGCCCUACAACUACGACAUCGAACAAGGGUUCAAGUCGCUGUUCACGUUGCACGACAAGUUGACCCCCGUGACCCCCGUGCAACUGCCGACGCGGUCGCUGCCGCCGGCGCUGGACGGGUACUCGUUGUUCACCGCCGUCUACCUGUACGGCAACGAGGUGAUCAAGUUCAACGAGGAGGGGAUCCACCUCAACGAGGAAACUCCCUUCUUGACCAAGUUCUGGAAGUUCUUUGUCGGCAAGUUCAUGGGCAAGGACGAGGUCAAGGUCCAGUUGGCGUGGAAGGGGAUGACGAUCAAGCAGAUCGUCUACGAAAAAGACCCUUACGUCGAGGUCCACGAGGUCCACAACGUCCCCAAGUCGAAGAUCAAGAUGGUGUUGUUGUGGGAGUUUGCCACCGUCGCCGACCCCAAGGACGCCGUCACCACCACCAACAAGUUGAUCUUGCCCCCCCGCGACGUCACCGUGAUGGCGACGCCGGCGCAAGCGCCGCAAAUGAACGUCCAACGCAAGUUCCAGACGUUGCAACAGCAGCACUUUGCCAUGCCGUCGAUGGUGGCGCCGCCGCCCCAGCCGCAGGCGAUGUACUCGCUGCCUCAAUACUCGCUGCCCCAAUACGCGCCGCCGCCGCCGCCGCCGCUGCUCCACCACUCGGCCAAUGUCGACUUGAUGAUGAUGCCCGUCCCCGUCGACCAGAACGAGUUUGGUGGGUUGUUGUACCCCGAAGGGUUCCAAGAGUAUUAG